GGAACCAACGGGUGUAUUGGCAUGCUGCAAUCCUGUCCCCACCCUGUUAAAGCAAUAUGCGAAUGAAGUUCAUCAGAUCAUUCAAGACGCCAAAGAACGUUCAGUAACUGUUACCGAAGAGAACAUCUCUUCAACAGAAGCCACACCCAUGGAAACAAGCUCUAGGUCUCCCGUGGUAGCAAGACUAGACGUGAAAGAAACUAGAAGCAAAAGUAUAGAAAGGGCGAGUCAAUAUGCGAGCCAAGUGUCAACAACUCCAAGACCUGUGAAGGCUUACAUACCCACUGGACCACAAGUCAAAACCAUGAAACCGUCAAUUAGUAUUUUCGACUAUCCACAGAAAGCUGGACCUCAUAACGAAGGACUCGAGAAGGCUAAGGAGAUUAUGGCUGGAUUCGUCAACCCAUUCAAAGUGGUUUUACCAGAUCUUGAGGCAGCUGACGUCGGUAAUAAGAACAGGACUGAACAAUCGAAAGCUAGUAUUGAUAAGAUAAAUGAAAAUUGGAAGAAAGUUUCUUCUGGCGUUUUAGAGGAGACAUCGAGUUCUACACAAGGGACAAAAAUUGUGAACAACGACAGUGACCACGAAGACUCCACCCCUCUCAGGCAAAAGAUUGAGGGAAAAAAGAAGAGAAAAAGAAAGAAGAAAAAUGAAACGCAAGAAGGGGACAUCCCAUCAACUCCGAUAGAAAAAAAGAUUAAAUCUGAAGACGUUGAUGAAGAAGAUGAUGACGAUCGUAAUCCUUCGUAUGAAGCAAUCACUAAAGUUGGCAAAGAGUUCGUUCCAUUUGAUUACAACCCUACAGAAUACAGUAAACUAGAAGGUAACCAAGAGCAAUCGAAGGAAGACGUCUUCAACCCUUACGACCAGUCAAAGAGACAGAAGAAGGUGAAUGGCCCUCGGUCUAAAGUCCACAUGAAAGCAGGACAACGAAGCAUGACGUAUUCUAAAAACAGGGAAAUACAAAAGAAGCAACAAUGGCCAAGAAGAUGAACGAUGUUUUAAAGGAACUAUUAGAAAAGCUCGCGUUCUUAACAAAUGGAAUGUUACCACGUACUAACAGAAGCAGCCAUGUUGGAUAACCGAGUGGAAUCGCAACUGAUCGCACAACUCUAAUUUUAAAUUGAUUCUUUUAUCAUUUCAAUACAUUUACUUUUUGAAUAAUACCUAAUAAUUCCAACUACGGAACUCCCUUAACGGGAGCAAAUGCAGGGGCUGUCCUGUGGUGUACCGGGCACCCCCUCUAAUGUGAUUACUCUUAGCUUUUUUGAAGCAAAAGAAACAUUCACGAUGCAUGACAUCUCUAUUUAUUAUAUAGACAUGAGUGUUUUACUGGGAAAUACGCCACUCGUAUUUUUUGUACAAACUACAUCCAGGACCUGAAUAACAUAUUUUCCAUACCUUCA